CAGGCCGCUGCUCAUUGGCGGAGGAGGCGGGGCCACUGGGCGGCGGAGACGGCGGGAGCGCGCGGGAAGUGGACGGAGCUGCGGGCAGCCCCAUGGAGACAUGGAUCUGGACCAGCUGGACCUGAACCCCAGGAUCCUGGCGGCAGUGAGGAAAGCCAAGGUGGUGUCCGUGCGGCAGCUGCUGCACUUCUCUGGCCCAGACCUGCAGAGAGCAACGGGCCUCUCGGGCGCCGACAUCCGGCUCCUGCUGCGGACGGCCGCCGUGCACCUGCGGGGGACCAGCACCUUCACAGCGCUGCACCUGUACCAGCAGAAGGACCGGUUCCCCACCCAGCACCUGCGCCUCAGCCUCGGCUGCCCCGUGCUGGACCGGCUCCUGGGCGGCGGCCUGCCCCUGCAGGGCAUCACCGAGCUGGCUGGCCGCAGCUCGGCCGGGAAGACCCAGCUGGCUCUGCAGCUCUGCCUGGCCGUGCAGUUCCCGCUGCGGUACGGAGGCCUGGAGGCCGGCGCCGUGUACGUGUGCACUGAGGACGCCUUCCCCAGCCGCCGGCUGCAGCAGCUCAUCGGCCAGCAGCAGCGGCUGCGCGCAGACGUGCCCGCGCACGUGGUCGGGAAGAUCGAGUUUGGGGACCACAUCUUCGUCGAGCACGCAGCUGACGUGGACAGCCUGCUGCAGUGUGUGACGAAGAAGGUGCCGGUGCUCCUGGCUCGGGGGCUGGUGCGCCUGCUGGUCAUCGACUCAGUGGCUGCCCCGUUCCGCUGUGAAUUCCCCGCCCCCGACGCCGCACCCAGGGCCCGGCUCCUGCGUGCUCUGGGAGCUGCCCUGCGGCGGCUGAGCUGCACCUUCCAGAGCCCGGUGCUGUGCAUCAACCAGGUGACGGAGGCUGUGGACGAGCAGGACAUGGCUGGGACAGCAGGCCCCGGGGACACACGGGUCCUGCCAGCACUCGGGGGCACCUGGGCCGACCAGCUCCUCGUGAGGCUGAUGGCGGAUCGGCACCGCCCGGACGAGGGCCCUCCCGCAGGCCGGACCCUGAGGGUGCUCUUUGCACCUCAUUUGCCCCCUGGGGCCUGCGGCUACGACAUCCUGGCGGAAGGUGUGCGAGGGACGUCUGGCUCCCCGGGGCCAGCAGCGCCCCCUGUCGGCUCGGCUUCUACACGGCCCUAACAUGGCCCUGCCGGAGCCACCCCAGGGGAUGCCGGGGCCUCCUGACACUGGCACGCACAGGCUGCGGUGACGGAGGUGACCCCCACGCGCCCCCAGAGGGCGCUGCUGGAGUAGCCCGUCACUGGGCGCACGCAUGCUUCACCCCAGAAUCCCCUCUGCACUGCCCUGCCCCCGCGGGUGCCUCCAGCAAUGGCUACCUGGAUGGGAUGUCCUGCCUGGACAGUGGCCUCCGGUUCCCCUCCCACCUGCAUGCAGCAGGCCUGGAGCACACGUGACCACGGGGCAGACGGUCUCGCCACACACCUAGAGUCUGGCGCUGCUCCAGCCACGGCACAGAAGUUAGGCAGACACGCCCCCCCCCCUCGGGCCUGGAGCUGGGGGAGGGACCCCACUGGGCUGCUUCAAGGUCAGGGUUGUGGUCUGGCCCUAACCGCUGAGGGCUGACUCGGGGAACCCUGGUCCAAGAAGACAGGAGACGGCCUUCUGCGGAGCACACAGAACGGACGACAGGCAAUAAAAUGCUUUAUUCCGGUCAUUGGAUGGAAGCAAGGCCAAGUCACUGUCCAGUGUCACACCAGAGCAAAGGCACAAAACCGAGACUGCCAGCCCUGCACUCAGCCACACACACCCUGGGGUCCCCCCACGACGCUGCACGCACCCACACCUGUCCUCAGCCCCGCGUCCCUGCUAUAGCCCAGUAGGAAGCACAUCGGGUCCUGGCACAAAAGCCCCACCUGCAGGGCUGGCCUUGCCCAUGACCCAGGUACCCCCAGUCCAGAGUCAGGAAUCUGACCAGCACGCAAAGGAUCAGCCUCACAUGGAUGCCUUCCAGAACAUUCCAUGGCUGUCAGUGGCAGGUCUGGUGGAAGAAAGCUACACUCCUUAGCAAAGCCCCCGAACUAAUGGCUGUGGACGCUCACCGCCCAUGCUUCUGUGGACACCGGGUGUGACCUGAGUGCCCUGCCACUGUCCCCUCCCCCCGCUCCCCACUGCUGGAGGAGGCCGGCCCCUGAGCCUCAGAGCGACCGGAAGGGGCUGUGUGCCCGACUUAGCUGCCUGGGGCCACAUCUUGGCCACAUCUCAGGUGUGACCCCCGAGAAAUGGUCGCAAGGAACAGAGUUUGGAGUAUGCAGGAGGCCUGAGGCUGGGCAAGGAUGUACCAAGGGAACGGGGCAGCAGCAGAGGGCACUCACAUCCCUGCCCUGGCACCGCAGACCCCGAUGGGCCAGCAGGGGGCACCCAAGCACCAGGCUCUCUGGGUCACCAAGACCCAGCGUCCAAACCAGGCUGCCUGAACCCAGACCCCCCAGCCUGAGGGGCUCCCCAGCGUCCACCCCAGCCCCGCCUAGUGCAGUUCCACGACAAGGACAGCCCUGAAGCCCCUGACAGCACCCAUGGCUCAGACUCCCUGGCCAGUGCUCGGGCAGGCACCAGCACAUCAGUAUCCCUGUCCCUUCCCCAGAGCUGCUUAAAUACAUGAAGACAAGCCUUUAAAAGCAUCACGCCCGCCCGAGGGCUUGGCGAUGGCCGUCCCCUAGGGUCGGGGCUCCCUGCACUGGGUGGGGUAAGGGGGGCCGCGGGGCGGGCAGGAAGCAGU